AUGCCUCCAAAAUUCACCUUUUUAGGGGUCUUUCAGGCCCUUCUCUCGCUUUCGACUGCUGUGAAGGCAGCCACAAAGCCAAAUAUUCUGUUCAUACUCACAGAUGAUCAGGAUUGGCACAUGCAGUCUAUGCAACAUAUGCCUUUUCUUCAAAAGUAUUUGAUAAAUGAAGGAACGUUGUAUGCAAAUCAUUUCUGCACAGUGGCGCUCUGCUGUCCAUCAAGGGCCAACCUGUGGACCGGUCGAGCAGCGCACAACACGAAUGUAACCGACGUAUGGCCUCCAUAUGGCGGAUUCCCCAAGGUUGUCCAGGAAGGCAUCAAUGACAACUACUUGCCUGUUUGGAUGCAGAAUGCAGGAUAUAACACAUACUAUAGUGGGAAACUUUGGAACGGCCAUACAGUCGAUAACUACAAUUCCCCAAUGGCAGGUGGGUAUAACGGAUCAGAGUUCAUUCUGGACCCAACUACUUAUGAAUACUAUAACGCGAAGAUGUCACGAAAUGGUGCCCCGCCUGUUAGCUACAAAGGGCAGUACUCUCCGGACGUGACAGCGGAAAAGGCAUAUGGAUUCCUUGAGGAGGCAACCUCUCACCCAGAGCCAUGGUUCCUGACGGUGGCGCCCAUUGCUCCUCAUGGAAACAUCGUCCUAGGUGGUGACGAUGGCGAGGCGCUGGUGACUACCGACGCACCAAAGUACGCCCCACGGCAUGCACAUCUCUUCAAGGAUUAUAUAAUCCCAAGAGACGCAAAUUUCAACCCAGAAAAGCAAGGUGGAGUCGCAUGGAUCAAGAAUCUUCAACGUCUCAAUGACACUGUGAUCGCUUACAACGACGAGUAUCAGCGAGCCCGCCUACGUGCUCUUCAGUCAGUAGACGAGAUGGUUGAGAAAUUGGUGAAAAUGCUCGAAGCGAAGAAUCUUCUGGACAACACGUACAUCUUUUACACCACGGACAACGGCUACCACAUUUCACAGCACCGCAUGCAUCCAGGCAAAGAAUGUGGAUUCGACACAGAUAUCCAUAUCCCACUCAUCAUCCGUGGGCCUGGUGUCGCCCCUGGCCGGGUGACAAACACGGUUACCUCACAUACCGACCUCGCACCAACGAUCAUGAGACUUGCCGGCGAGUCGAGGGACGAUUUUGACGGCGUUGCCGUGCCACUCGGCGACGACGAGACGAUGCCGGGCAAGGAGUUCGAGAGACACGAGCACAUCAACGUCGAAUAUUGGGGCAUGGCUAUUCCGGAAGGCAUAUAUCGCGAUUACGGAGAAGGUGGACAAUCACACGGAUCCCUGAAUGCAGCACGAAACAACACAUACAAAGCCUUGCGUAUCAUUGGCGAAGAUUACAGCCUCUACUACGCAGUCUGGUGUACCGGAGACAAGGAAUAUUACGACGUAAAGCUUGACCCUGGCCAAUUGGACAAUUUCUAUGACGACGAAGAUGGAAAAGCAGGCUACCAUAUAGCAGGGCGAUCUUUCAAGCACAUUGUAAAUCGACUUGACGCCUUGUUGAUGGUGCUCAAGUCCUGCAAAGCCAAGGAGUGUCAGGAGCCGUGGAGCGUCCUUCAUCCUCAUGGACGUGUAAAGACACUAAAGGACGCACUAGCAUCUGACUUUGACACCUUUUACCACGAGCAGCCAAAGGUUUCUUUUGAUUCAUGCGAGCUUGGUUACAUCAGGGAACAUGAAGGGCCACAGCAACCGAACAUAUACGGUGAAGACGCAUACGCGCCAGUCGCGCCAGUCAAGUCGCACUUGGAGCUCAGGCAGCAAGGUUCAUUCAAGUACGCUGGAGCCUGGUCAAUCUGGACUUAGACUCAGAUCGACGAACAAGAAAACUCGCGGCUUCAAACACGGGUUGGUAUGAUGUGCUUCAGUACACGCUUGACACAUAAAACCAGGUGGGAAAGAGCCUGAUUGAAGAUCUCUGAUCUAUGAGAAAGUGGGGAAAGGGCUCAUUGCACUAGCAGCGGUCUGAGAAUCUUGUUUCCAAAAUGUACUGUACUAGCCAUUGGAAGGGAUGGAACAGACAAGUCGACAGUUAUAGCAGCCGUUGGCACUUCUACAUG